GGGACUUGCAUGACUUGGAGUGCACUACACUAAACUACUGUUGAAGUGUUCUAAAUGGCUAACAUUGACUAUGGCGUUCCAGAGUCAUCUGCUGAGAUUGACUCCAACAGCAGGCAGCUGGCAAAUGAAAUCAAAGAGCAUGAGCUGAUUUCUCCUUCCAAGGUGGAACAGGCAAUCUCUAUGAAGGAUGGCAAAUGCUACUAUGGUGUGCAGAUUGUAACAGGCAAACAAGUGGGAGCUGGGACAAGAGCCGAUGCAUAUGUGAUGCUGGUAGGAGACAAGGGGAAGACUGGAAAACUAUCACUGCGAGGCUGGUUUGAUUUCUUGAAUCCUAUCUCCAGGGACACCUACGACAAUCUUGUUGUUGUAUCCGACAAUGAUUUGGGGAAUGUGCUGGUUGUGGUUGUUGGUUGUGAUGGUAGCUGGCUUGAAGAUCAGUGGUAUGUGAGCUCUGUCUCUGUGGCUGAUGUGCAAACAAAGGACAUAGGGCAAUUUCCCUGCUACCACUGGAUCGGUGGAGACGAUUCUAUCACUCUAACUGCAAAGACAACCACAAAGAAGGAUGUGACUGGUAAUAAUAUAUUGUUGAAGCAAAGAGCUAGCCAGCUGACCAGACGCAAGGAAGUAUACAAGUGGCGGAGUUUUCCAGACUCAGGGCUCCCCUCUGCAAUUGACGACACCACAGUCGAUUUACCUACAGACGAACAGUUUGGGACCGUCAAGAACUUAGAUUUCACUGUCGGUGCUUUAAAGAGCGUUAGUUCCAUGAAAAUUACGGGAGUUUUCAACAACAUCCACCAACUUGAUGAUUUCAAGAUUUUUGCUGAUAAACUGGGUGGAGAUUCGUCUCUCUAUGAAACGGAUCGCUGGAAGACCGAUGCAGAGUUUGGAUGGGAGAUGCUCAAUGCAGUUAGUCCGAUCAUCAUUAGGAAGUGUGAGAACAUCCCUCCCAAUUUUCCCGUGACCAACGAGAUGGUUCAUCCAUUCCUUGAGAGAGGUCUCUCUCUCCAACAGGAAAUGGAGGCUGGACACAUUUACACGUGUGACAUGAAGUUCAUGGAUGAUCUGAAGCCACGAGAGAACUAUGUCAGCGUUGCCCCAAUCUGCCUGCUCUAUGUUAACAAAAGCAAGGAACUGGUUCCCAUUGCUAUCCAGUUGAAGCAAGGUGUGAGGGAGGAAGAAAAGACAAACAAUCCAAUCUUCUUGCCGAGUGACAGCUCAAAUGACUGGCUCCUGGCAAAAAUAUACUAUCAGAGUGCACACAGCCAGUAUCAUCAGACGUUCACCCACUAUACUGCGUGCCACGCUACCAUGGAAGCAUACUCUAUGGGCACUAAUCGUAACCUUCCUGAUGCACAUCCGAUCUUCAAACUCCUUCGUCCACACUUUCGCUACACCAUGGCUAUCAAUACUCGUGCUCGAAACAGUCUUAUCAAUCCUGGAGGAAUCAUUGAUACCUUCUUUGGCAUCGGUGGUGAGGGCUUGACUGAACAAUGGAAACGUUGUGGAGCAACCUACAAUGUUCACACCAGCAACAUCAAGCGUUGGGCCAAGGAGCGAGGGGUGGACAAUGCCGAGCAGCUGCCUGGCUACUACUAUCGAGAUGAUGGGAUCAAAGUGUGGGAUGCUCUGGAGAGCUAUGCCGGCGACAUCAUCGACGAGUUCUACCAGACAGACGAAGAUGUUGUGGAAGACGAGGAGCUACAAGCAUGGGCACAAGACAUUCACACCAAUGGCUUCCCUGGUUACCACGGUGCUCCAGUCGGACAUGGCUUCCCCGAUAAAAUGAGUUCUAAAGAAGAGCUGAAGCUCUACUGUACUCUGAUCAUGUUCACUGGAUCGGCCCAACAUGCCUCCGUGAAUUUUUUGCAGUAUUCCUUCUACAAAUUUGUGCCAAAUUCUCCGUUUGGUGUACGCCAGCCACCACCUGUCAAGAAAGGGGCUACCGAUGAUGAGGCUCUCAUUGCAGCACUGCCAGAGGAGGAAAGCGUCAUCAGCACUAUUGGCACAGUUCAUCUUCUAUCACAGUACAGCCAAAAUGAGGAAUUUCUUGGUACUCUGAAAGCUCGUUUCACGGAAAAGAAAGCAGUUCAAGUAAUGGAAAAUUUCCGAAAGGAUCUGAAUGAUGUCUCUAAAGAUAUUGAGAAGCGAAACAAGGGCUUGAAAGUGAAGUACACUGCAAUGCUACCUGAGAAAAUUCCUAACAGCAUCACUAUAUAAACUUUGUGAUGCCACGCCGCCAGUAGAUACUCUUGAACAAUUGAAUGUGUAGUCAGUGCAUUAAAACUAUGCCAAGAUACAAUUAUGACUUAAUUAGCUAUAAUUAUAGAUGUAGGCACUUGCAUGGAGAACAUCAAAAUUUACUAAAGUGAA